CGGCACAUUUCAAAGCAUUUUCUGUGCGACAUUUGAAAACGGAGUCGUGCAGUGAACGCCUGCGUGUCCCUUUUAAAACAAGCCCAGCGCCUGUCAAUCACAGCGCAUUCCAACCAAUCCCACAGCUCCCUUUUUAAAAGCAGGUUUGCCUGCUGUGCUUUUAUAUUGCACCAUGGCCUGUUUCGAAGCAUUUUUACUACCACGGUUAUUGCCACAAAUCAAGAGGGCAAAGUGAACGGCAUGGGACUCACACCAACUUUAACGAAAUUGAGUCUGGUUCCUACUUCUGCGAAGUUCACGGCCAAGAAUUUCACAUGCAGAUGAUAUACAACACGGAACAUGGAAACAGAAUUUCUAGGUGUAUCCUGAGUGCUGAAUUGGUUGAUUUUGCAAACCCAUAGCCAAACUCACAACACAACAUGACAAGCCUUUCGAGGUUUAGUGGCUGCCCUCUCUCUUGCGUCAACCCCGGGGAGAGCAAUACUGAACUCAGCGUGGUGCUGCCACCUUUGGCAGGAGAGCACAUGGGACACCCCACUGGCAGUUCCUUAAAACUCUGCCCCUCGCACAAUUUGCGAGACUACCCCGAGACGAGGUCCAGUGCAUAUGUUGACCAUUCGGUUCCCAAUUUUUCAGACUCUGGAUACCCCAGCCACCGGUUAGAGCACAGCCCUAGGGGCAUUAUCAUUGGAGCCAAUCUUUCUGGAGCCGGCAUGCCACCCGUCACUGAUCAACUGGCAUCAAGAGCAAACCAACAUGGCGGGAUUGGAAGGUAUCGUGACUUUGCUGGCUGCAGAGACAACAGAAGCCAUGCUUUUUUCUCAAGUUAUCAGGAGCAGGCCCACGCCUCCACCGACGCAUCUCGAGAUCUCGGCAGCCAGAUGAUGCUGGGUUUACCUGGCGACCUCCUCACCCGGACUCACCCUUAUAGCCAAACUAUCAGCCCCAAGGGAAACAGCCAGCAACAACUUGUCACACAAUUCCUGGGUUUGUACAAACCCCUGAACAUGGCAAUUCAGCGUGGAGGAGGCGACGCUUUCCUCAGGUGCUCUAAACAAACAGUGAAGCAUGAGCUGGUGUGCAAGUGGAGUGACGGCCAAGAGGGGGCUGGGAAGCUGCCUUGCUCCAGAGCCUUCGGGACCAUGUAUGAACUUGUCACCCAUGUGACAGUGGAGCAUGUCGGAGGACCCGAGCACUCUGAAUAUGUGUGUCACUGGGAGAAUUGUGCGAGGGACAGGAAGCCUUUCAAAGCCAAAUACAAGCUGGUGAACCACGUCAGAGUCCACACAGGGGAAAAGCCCUUUCCAUGCCCCUUUCACGGCUGUGAGAAAGUUUUUGCACGAUCAGAAAAUCUAAAGAUCCACAAGAGGACUCAUACAGGUGAAAAACCUUUUAAAUGUGAGUUCGAGGGCUGCAACCGGAGGUUUGCGAACAGCAGCGACAGAAAGAAGCACUCUCACGUGCACUCCAGUGAUAAACCCUACAUGUGCAAGGUCAGGGGCUGCGACAAGUGUUACACCCACCCAAGCUCCUUGCGAAAGCAUAUGAAGCUCCACUGCAACAAGGCCCACGUAGCCAAAAGCGGCGACGCGCGACCUGGUGACGGGGGUCACAUUGCUGACGCCAGGUCGACCCGAGUCCCGGAUGGAACCCAGAUCAGCCCCUCUCACCCCCCCACCUCAGCUCAAGAUGUCCCCCUGUCCCCAGAGAGUCGAGACCAGUCGACCUCGAGGUCACGUUUCCAUCACACGUUUGACAGCAGUUUGGACUACUCCACACACAGGUCACAGCCCCUCUUGGACCCUUUGUUGCUACAGAGAGGCAGCUACAGAUCCCAGUCCUCACAGUACCCCUGCGGCCAGACAGGUCACACGUUUGCCCAGAGCUCAAGGACUUUCCCCUCCACUUCUCCCUUUCAGAAAAGUAUUGUGAAUGGAUGGUACACAUGCCACAGCGGCGUGGACUCUUUCCCACCAAAGCAAUGUAAUAACAUCCCGUCCCUCUGAGUUCCUGUCGGGACACGUGAGCGGCUUACAAUUUUUUUUGGGCCUAUUUUUCCAUGUUAUAACCUAAAAGUUACAGCUGUAUCUCUAUUACUCUCUGUAUUUUUGUGAAUGUUGUAUCAAAUAUUUUGUGACACGUCCUGAGUCAUCCUAUUGAAAUAUUGCAUUGCGAAAUGUGACGAGCUUUAUCUGUUGUUGUGAGGCCUGUUUGUUUGGUUGGGUUAGGCUUGUAGCCUGUAGCUACAUCUCCCCACAGUGGGUUAUAGGAACUUUUACCAAGUGUGUAUGCAUAAUUGUUCGCUGUGUUGCAUAAGUAUUAAAGAUAUCGAUAUUAAGUGAGACAAAAAAAUGACAAAGGAUUUUAUGGAAAUCUGCCUCUUGAGUCUUCUCAACUUAUAGGUUAUUACUGGAAAGUAAAAGGAAAAGUCUUGCUGAAUGUAACCCUCAGUGUAGGGGUCUUUGUUGAAUGUAAACUAGGUGUAAUGUAGGCUAUGUCGGGAAGUAUAGAAACAUUAUUCAUGUCUUUAUGUAUGUCUAAAGAUGAAAUAAAUAUCUGAAACAUCUUUCCUCACAUUAAAUUCUGAGACCUAAUAAGCCUGUGAUGGGCCUGGAGCAUGAUUUGUAUGUCAUUAAAAUACUGCGAGGCUCAGUAGGUUUUUUUCUCCCCUUGAUUAAGCCCCCCCCCCCAUUACACAUUCGUAUUCUUGUUUGUAUUAUAUCUAUAUUUCACAUUUCUGUACAAAGUAAGGCCAGUGUGAGCAUAAACCACAGUGUUCGUGAUUCUGUUAAAAACGUUUAAUUAGCAUACAGUUCUACUGUACAUAGGCCUACUGUAUAAUUAAUUAUGUAUUCUAUAUUUUAUUAAAGUGUCUAUAUUCUCUUUGAUCAGGCGUGUGUGGUUAAACCCAAUCAAUGCAUUUUCAUCGUGAGCUCAAACUUUUUUCUUUUUCUUUUCUUUUUUUAAUUGUAUAAAUUCUACUAGCCCACGCCAUAUUUGCAGAUUUGCAAUUUUGCGCAAACCAAUGCACCGCCUGUAAACGUAGGGUUCUAACACACAGUAUUAUCCUGUGUUUAUAGGUGUGGCCUCAGGAACUGACCAGGCCUUUAACACAAAAUGUGUUUAAAUUGAUUUGUUUGAGUUAAAACUCCCUCACGUCCUAAAAUGUGAUGGUCCUCUCGGAUUUUUAAUUUUCUUUCUUAACUGCGCCAUGAAUGCGCGUGUUUUUUGGGAUACAGGUGUAUAAUACAAGCAUAUACAGGUGUAUGUGCCGCAAAGUGAUGCGCAUUCUCUCUGAAUGACUCACAUCCCCGUGUUUCUUUUUGCUUCCUUUCUGAUCUUACAGCCUAUUGAUUAUUUUCACUUGAUUUAUAUUUUUCUUUCUGUCUCUCUUCCUUUCUCUCUCUCUUGUUCACGCACUCACUAACGCACACUCACGCACACUCACACACACACACUAUAAGGUCUCACCUUGAAUGCAAGCUAACUGCAAACACAAAUCUGUCCAAAUUAUCUUCAAAACAUUGUAAUGUCCAAAUAGGCUAAGCAGUCCAUUAUUACUCCUAUCAUUAUUUUAUUCAUAAUACAAACUGAACAUUUUUAUUUACCCUAUAAAGGAUUAAUUCUGAGCUCCUCACUUUGAGUCUGAAUCAAUAGAUUUGAUGGAUUUCACUGUUCACUGACACAUUGACGGGUUGACAGAUCUGUGUCAUCCUGUUUCAUCUGUCCAGUGAUAAAUGUUGAAAAAGUUGUAAAAAAGCUUUAAAAAAGUGAUGUGAGUUAUGCUUCUUUUUGGGUGCACACACUUUUUGAGGGGUUCACUUCCCCAAGUUCCAGCUUUGCUGACAUAUUCAUGUUUGCUUGGUUUUUGUAUUGUGGAAUGUAAAUUUCAACAAGCACCUCAUUAUUUUAGAGAAAUGCACUGAGGAAGUUUGGUUUCGAAGCCUGCCUCCUUCUCGGCAGAGUUUGAAUUCAGUUUCGUUACUAAUCCUGGUGCAGAGCCUGAACUCAUCUGUAGUGAGUUAUUAUUGUCAUACAGCUUUAGUUUACACUCCUACGUCAGAAAUGACACCCCUCUCUAACAAUAUUAAACGGGAGACUGACUGAACAGGUUGAAGUACAGUUAAUGGGGCAUUUAAUGGUGUAUAGCUAAAGAUGAUGUUGCACACUAAGUAUCUGUCCUCAUCCUGCUCAGGAAAGUAUACGGCAUUAGCUUGAUUAUUGUGGAGGUCGGAUGGGUCACAAUUAUGAUGAAUGCUCCACUGCCUCUAGCAAAGCUUUACACUUUGUACUUGUAUGUAUGGAUGUCAGCAUUUUAUACCAUUAAACAUACGAAUAAUGUCUGCCAUUAUAUAUGCCAAUUUGCUUCACCCAUAUCAAAAGGAAAUCAGGUCAAAAGGGCACUAAUUUUACAUUUCUUUGAAAUAUAUGCUUACACUGAUCUGACAGCUGACUAGCCGUAAUAAGGAGGUUCUUUAUUCUAGAGGGUUUGAUGGAGGGGCAGUUGUCUGGAUGGCCACAAAAGUACAUGAGGCGAAUGCUUCAAGUCUGUAUAAGAAUAUGUUUUCCUUUCAGUAUAAACUAUUUUAAUACACAUUAGGUCCUUUAAAAGUUCAGCAGGCUUUGGUUGUGGUGCUGUUAUUUGGAUGUUUUUUAUAAGACAAAAUACAAGUAGGAUAAGCCUACCAAGCCACUUAUAUUAUUAGACAUUUAUAUAUAUUAAAGAACAAUGCAAAAAGACUUGUUUUAAAAAUACUGUUUUAAUUCUCAGUCAUAUUUCUAUGUGAAACAUUCAAAGUAAGCAACUACAUUUUAUGUGCUUCAAGUGUAAUUGUUCUCAAGAUGGUGCAACGCUGUAAUAAACUUGUUUAUGCACUCUC